AUGGCACUAGAUAUGAAUAUACAUGAAUUGUUGGUAAUUGGAGAUUCCGAUCUGCUCAUCAAUCAAGUAAAAGGAAAUUGGGUGACCAAAAAUGAUAAAAUACUCCCAUAUGUGAAUCUGGCACAAAGAUUAUGCGGAAGAUUCAACAGUAUUGACUUUAGGCAUAUGCUAAGGGCCCAAAACGAGUUCGCAGACGCAGUGGCCACGAUAGCAUCUAUGAUCCAACACCCUGAGAGCGCCCAUAUUGAUUCGUUGGAGAUCACACUGAGGGAAGAUCAGACUCACUGCGCCUAUGUAGAGGCUGAGCUAGAUGGCCAACCAUGGUACGUCGACAUUAGGACCUACCUGGAAAAAGGAGAGUAUCCCCUAGAGAGUUCGACAAAUCAAAAGAAAACCAUCAGGAGAUUGGCCAAUGGUUUCUUCUUGAGCAAGGAAGUGCUAUACAAAAGGACCCCUGAUCUCAGGUUGCUCAAAUGUGUGGAUGCCGAAGAGGCCACAAAAUUGCUAAAAGAAAUACACGGGGAUUUGAUCAAGGCUCCACCCACAGAAUUACAUGCGAUGAGUUCUCCUUGGCCUUUCUUGGCAUGGGGAAUGGACGUCAUAGGACCCACUGAGCCUUCGACCUCCAACGGGCAUCGCUUCAUCUUAGUCUCUAUAGACUACUUCACCAAAUGGGUAGAGGUGACUUCCCACAAAUCAGUGACCAAGAAAGUCGUGGUUGACUUCGUCAAGAACAAUCUGAUAUGUCGCUUCGGUGUGCCAGAAUCUAUCAUCACGGACAAUGGUGCCAAUCUGAACAGCCAUUUGAUGAAGGAUAUCAGUGAACAAUUCAAAAUCACUCACAGGAAAUCUACCGCCUACCGGCCGAAGAUGAAUGGAGUCGUGGAAGCUGCCAAGAAGAACAUCAAAAGGAUUUUGAGGAAGAUGGUUGACAACUACAAGAAUUGGCACAAGCAGCUGCCUUAUGCUCUGUUGGGAUACAGAACAACGACCAGGGCAACCCCAUACCUCCUUGUUUACGGUACAGAAGCGGUCAUACCCGCAGAAGUGGAAAUCCCUUCACUCAAGAUCAUCCAAGAGGCAGAACUUAAGGAUGAAGAAUUGGUCAAGAACCGUUAUGAACAAUUGGCCAUGAUAAAGGAAAAAAGAAUGGUGGCACACAAUUGCGUCCCAGAAACAUCUCUCGAAAUACCGAGCCCAAGGAGGUCCAGGGAGCAUCAAGAGGAAGCACUAAGCAGGAAGACAAUGACGUUAAUCGGCCUCUUAGGAAACUCACAAUUUCUCUGUGGAUGCAGGUUUUUCCUUUACAGGACAGCAGAUACACCACCAACAAGCUUACUCACAGCAAAAGCGAAAGGAAAGAACCCUAAUGGAGGAGAGAGAUCAAAAGGAUCACAGCAGAAACGGGUAAUAAAGACGCAUCUUACCAAAAGGGUCACACAAAGAAUGAACAACAAAGGUGUAUCAGACCAAAAGGGCCACAAUGGAUGA